UAUCUUAUUAUAUGUAUGGAUAAGGUGACGGACGAGCAAGGCAACCCGCUGCACUUCACGAUGCAGGACGGCACGCGGCUCGCCAUCACCUCCGUGGACGGGCAGACGCUGCAGGUCGUCACCCAGGACGGGCAGACCAUCCCCGUCGAGAUCAACGGAUAUGCCGAGGAAGAGGAGGUGGACACCGAAGAUACGGUGGUACAUCAGCUGAACCUGCAGAAGACAGUGGAAACCAAUGGUUCGAGCCCGGUCACGCAUUAUUUUACUAUUGUAUAACAUAAUGUACCCUAUUGUAAGAAGAAAAGAUUCCAAUUGUUAUGACAUUCGCCAAGUUAACUUCUUUGAUCUAUAUUUUUCUGUGAAUGAUAAGACACACCUCUAUUUUUUAUUAUUUUAUAAUUAAUGUUGAUUUAAUAACGUGUUAUCGCAGUCAUUUAAUUUUUCCUAUUUUUUAUCACUAUGUAAUAAGUCUCUAUUAACGAUGUUUAAAUUAUAAUGUUAAAUGUUUAUUUAAUGAGCAAACAUUUAGUUAGGAAUACAAUUAGAAACAUUGGGUUUUCAGCUCAUCGAUUUUUAAACUAUUUCCAUUAAAUCGGAUACAUAAAUAUAAAUGUGUCUGAAAUGUCAUUGAGAAAUAUAAAAGUAGGUUAAAAAAGUUAACCUAGCGAAUUAGUGUGUAGUGUUGUGUGACAGUGAAGUGUUGAUCUCCGAUUUUAAUUAAGUCGCAUAAAAGUGAUAAAUAAUAAUUACUAAUUUUAUAGUCGAACAAAUUGCAAUUUGAUAUACAAUUUUAAUAGAAAAAAUAAUGUACUUGGUGAAGUAUCUGAUUAAUUAAUUGCUCAGUAUUAUAAUAACUGA